UUCACGUGUGAGAGGAUUUAUUUCAAGCAUUUCUAGCUUGUCAUCUAUAUUUUUGCACGUUACCUCAGAAGUAUAUUUGAGUGUUGAAAUGGGGAACAACAGCAAUUACCAACUCAUUGAAGACUGUGAAGCCACAAACAAAUCGCUGUAUAAUUUUUACGCAGCUGUCAUGAUUGUGAUUUUUAUCUUGGCUCUGCCUCUGAAUGCAUCGGUUCUCCAUCUCUUCAUAUUCAAACUGAAGUUCUGGAAAUCCAACUCCAACAAUAUCUUCCUUUUCAACCUGGUGUUGGCAGAUAUUCUCCUGCUCUUCUGUUUGCCCAUGAAGGCAUACAACUACAUCCAAGGAGAGAGAAGGAGCUCCAAUGACAUCGUGUGCAAGGCGAUGCUCUUCAUGCUGUUUUUAAACCGAGGGGCCAGCAUCGCCUUCCUGUCGGUGACGUCCAUCGAUCGAUAUUUCAACGUGGUGCAUCCCGGUCGCAAGAAUCUCCUAAAAGCCAUCAAGAAAUCUCCUCAGAUCUCUAUCAUCAUAUGGCUGCUUCUCCUCCCUCUCACCAUCCCCACCAUGCUGCAGAACUUUGACUGCUGCAACAGUCACAAGAAUGAUGACGACAAAAAGGACGAUGCAUUGAUCAAGGACGUGGUGGACAGUUUGCGAGAAGCCGUCUUCUUCACCCAGAUCCUCAUCCCCUUCGUCAUCCUCGUCUACUGCACGGUGCGAAUCGUCAACCGGCUGAGGAAGAAGACAGUCGGCGAUCGGACCAAACUGAAGAGGGCCGUGUUCCUGGUCACUGCCGUCAUGGUGGUCUUCUCCUUCUGUUUCCUGCCCUGCACCAUAGCCAGGAUGAUUCUCCUCAUCGUAAGGGUCAAAGAGUUGGAUGAAGUCUACCAAGAUAAAGCCGCCGUGGCUUUCGACGGCCUCAUGGUCCUCUCCUACAUCGACUGUCUACUGGAUCCACUGGUUUACUGCUUCUGUAGCACCAAGUUCAAAGCUCUUUAUCUCUCCAAUUAUUUCCCAUUCUUGAUUAGAGGCACUCAGCUGCCAGUGGAGAGCUCAACGGAUCACACAUUGCGUCCUGUGUGUAACACUGUCCUCUGAAACUCAAAGCAGAAUGGAUCGGACACCUGUACAACCCAACAGGAUACUACCUGAGACUGACAGCAUUCCCCCGAAAAUGUACUUAAUUUAUAAAAAAGGGGGACUGUGAAGGUAAAGUGAAGACAAGACGGACAGUAAUUAUUAAAGUUUCUAUUUUCUAAUAGACAUGUAAUGGCGCUUUUCCACUAAACAGUUCUAGCACUACUCGGAUCGACUUCCAUUAAUAUAGUACCUACUCAAUGUGGGAGGGGUUGGCCUAGCACGGCUCCGCGAAACUGCCGUGACUUUGUUUUAUACGCGACACAAAACACAUAAACAAUGGAGGACAUGGAGGCGAUGGUGUACUUGCUGCUGUAUGAGGCUUUCUGUCUUCCUUCCUUCCUUCCU